UGCAGGUUUUGCUGACAUUAAGUUUAUGUUCUCUCUCUGUUUCUUCUCUUCAUAGCAGCUACACCUGGGCUCAUUUCUGUUUAGCUGUGACCCCUUCCUGGAGGGAAGCUGAGCUACUGCUGCCAACAACAUCAGGUUCCCCUUCAGUGGAUCACACACCUGGAUCCUCUCCGCCCACAUGCAGAACAAAGACUGAACUAAACACAGGAACAACAGAGACUGGUGAAACCCCUGAAUCCCAGUAGGCCCAGUAUGAACCCAUCUUCAUGAUGAGCUGCUAGGAAGGAGGCGUUGUCUCUGAAAGCAGCCAAAGACCUGAACUGUGACGUUCAGGAAGUAGCAGAUAAAAAAGCUUAAAGUAGGAAGUGUUCAGAGUUUGGAGCCACAUCCUGAUCACAUCAAGAGACGAAGCUUCACUCCACAUCCAGAGGAAACAUGGACCAAACAGCUCUGAUGCUGCUUCUGUGUCUCUGCAGCUCAGCGCUGUCUGAUGAACUCAGACUGGUAGCAGGAAGGAGUCGCUGUGUUGGCAGACUGGAGAAGAAGGAUCUGGGAGACUGGGAACCAGUGAUUGAUUGGAACUGGGACUUAACAUCAGCAGCUGGAGCUUGCAGACAGCUCCACUGUGGAUCUGUGGUGUCAUUACAAAGAGAUGAGAACUACAAUGUAGAGAUCGUCUGUUCAGACUCAGUCAGGCUGGUUCAAGGGACCAACCGGUGCUCAGGCAGACUGGAGGUGAGGACCAACCAGUCGUGGUCCUCAGUGUGUGAAAAAGACUUUGACCUGCAGGAUGCAGAGGUGGUCUGCAGGGAGAUUAGCUGUGGGCCUCCUUCAGUCCACCAGGGGGCGCUCUAUGGAGAAGUAGAGGCAACAGUGGGGAGCAGAGAGUUCCUGUGUGAAGGCAGUGAGUCUGCUCUGCUGAACUGCAGCAGCAGGAAGAGUUCAGGUAGAAACAGCUGCUCACCUGGUCAAGCUGUUGGACUCACCUGUUCAGAUCAAGACAACUUCAGGUUGGUGGGAGAGGCCAGCCGAUGUGCCGGGAGACUGGAGAUGUUAUAUCAAGAAGAGUGGAGACCAGUGGAUGUUUAUUCUAGUUACUGGAACAUGAACUCAGUUGCUGCAGUUUGUGCUGAACUGGACUGUGGUUCUGCUGUUUCAGCAAGAGAUUCAAAGGAAGCUUCAAAGAGACCAGUUUGGGGGAUCUGGUCUGACUGUUUCCAGUCAGGAUCUGAAUUAAAGAACUGUUUACCUUAUGAUGAAAAUGGUGAUCGGAGCCAUGAGAUCAUCUGCUCAGACUCAGUCAGGCUGGUUCAAGGGACCAACCGGUGCUCAGGCAGACUGGAGGUGAAGACCGACCAGUCGUGGUCCUCAGUGUGUGAAAAAGACUUUGACCUGCAGGAUGCAGAAGUGGUCUGCAGGGAGAUUGGCUGUGGGCCUCCUUCAGUCCACCAGGGGGCGCUCUAUGGAGAAGCAGAGGCUCCAGUGGGGAGCAGAGAGUUCCUGUGUGAAGGCAGUGAGUCUGCUCUGCUGAACUGCAGCAGCAGGAAGAGUUCAGGUAGAAACAGCUGCUCACCUGGUCAAGCUGUUGGACUCACCUGUUCAGAUCAAGACAACUUCAGGUUGGUGGGAGAGGCCAGCCGAUGUGCCGGGAGACUGGAGAUGUUACAUCAAGAAGAGUGGAGACCAGUGGAUGUUUCGUCUCGUUACUGGGACAAGAACUCAGCUGCUGCAGUUUGUGCUGAACUGGACUGUGGUUCUGCUGUUUCAGCAAGAAAUUCAAAGGAAGCUUCAAAGAGACCAGUUUGGGGGAUCAGUUCUGACUGUUUCCAGUCAGGAUCUGCAUUAAAGAAAUGUUUACCUUAUGGUAGACACAGGGAUCAGAGCCAUGAGUUCAUCUGCUCAGACUCAGUCAGGCUGGUUCAAGGGACCAACCGGUGCUCAGGCAGACUGGAGGUGAAGACCAACCAGUCGUGGUCCUCAGUGUGUGAAAAAGACUUUGACCUGCAGGAUGCAGAGGUGGUCUGCAGGGAGAUUGGCUGUGGGCCUCCUUCAGUCCACCAGGGGGCGCUCUAUGGAGAAGCAGAGGCUCCAGUGGGGAGCAGAGAGUUCCUGUGUGAAGGCAGUGAGUCUGCUCUGCUGAACUGCAGCAGCAGGAAGAGUUCAGGUAGAAACAGCUGCUCACCUGGUCAAGCUGUUGGACUCACCUGUUCAGACAACUUCAGGUUGGUGGGAGAGGCCAGCCGAUGUGCCGGGAGACUGGAGAUGAUACAUCAAGAAGAGUGGAGACCAGUGGCUGUUUGGCUUCAUUACUGGAACAUGAACUCAGUUGCUGUAGUUUGUGCUAAACUGGACUGUGGUUCUGCUGUUUCAGCAAGAAAUUCAGAGGAAGCUUCAGAGAGACCAGUUUGGUGGAUCAGUUCUGACUGUUUCCAGUCAGGAUCUGCAUUAAAGAACUGUUUACCUUAUGAUGAAAACAGUUAUCAGAGCCAUGAGAUCAUCUGCUCAGACUCAGUCAGGCUGGUUCAAGGGACCAACCGGUGCUCAGGCAGACUGGAGGUGAAGACCAACCAGUCGUGGUCCUCAGUGUGUGAAAAAGACUUUGACCUGCAGGAUGCAGAGGUGGUCUGCAGGGAGAUUAGCUGUGGGCCUCCUUCAGUCCACCAGGGGGCGCUCUAUGGAGAAGCAGAGGCUCCAGUGGGGAGCAGAGAGUUCCUGUGUGAAGGCAGUGAGUCUGCUCUGCUGAACUGCAGCAGCAGGAAGAGUUCAGGUAGAAACAGCUGCUCACCUGGUCAAGCUGUUGGACUCACCUGUUCAGACAACAUCAGGUUGGUGGGAGAGGCCAGCCGAUGUGCCGGGAGACUGGAGAUGUUACAUCAAGAAGAGUGGAGACCAGUGAAUGUUUGGGAUCAAUACUGGGACAUGAACUCAGCUGCUGCAGUUUGUGCUGAACUGGACUGUGGUUCUGCUGUUUCAGCAAGAACUUCAGUGGAAGCUUCAGAGAGACCAGUUUGGGGGAUCUGGUCUGACUGUUUCCAGUCAGGAUCUGCAUUAAAGAACUGUUUACCUUAUGAUGAAAUCUUUCAUCAGAGCCAUGAGCUCAUCUGCUCAGGUCUGCUGGUUGAGCCGCUCAUCUUCCUCUCUUCCUCCACUGACGGGGUCUCCACAGGCAGAAAGCAGGGGUCUGAGCUCCUCAUUGGCUCACAUUUCAGCAUCAUGUGCUCCAUCAGACCUCAGUAUGAAGGCGGCUCCUUCCAGCUCAUCUUCAGCACCUCUAACUACACUCAGAACCAGACCCUGCCAGCUGUUAAUCACUCCGCCCUCUUCCUGUCCUCUGCUGCUGGCCACGCCCACCAUGGAACCUACCGCUGCGUUUACCACGUCUACGUUUUCUCCUAUAACUUCUCCUCUAUCAGCCAGCCUCUCAACCUCACUGUCUCAGGAAAAGUCAUGGAGUCCAUCAGGAAACGUUCUGCUUCAGUUUCAGCCUCUCCCACUGCUUUGAUCAUCAGACUGGUUGUCGUCCUGCUGGGUAUGCUGGGAUCAGUCCUGCUCCUCUACUUUAAGGCCAGGAGAAACCAGAAGUCUGGACCAGAAAACAACCAUCAUGAUGAAGGAUCCAGAGCUGAAGGCAGCUUAGAGGAGGAGACUGCAGUCUGAAGGAACCAGGAGAAAAUGAUCUUCAUUUCACAUCCGCAGGAAGGAGCAGAGACAUGUUUCAGACUCCUGGAAAUCUAUCCGUCUAUGUAUCUAUGAUAAAAUGUCUCUGUGCUCCUGCAGCAGGAAGGAAGUUCAACAUUCAGAAAUUUGUAUCUGGACUAAACCUACUUAAGUUAAACUUAUACA